AUGCUCCGAUUGGUGCUGCCAUGGCUGUGCAGGCUUUGUGCACUGGCCUCCUCCCUGGAGCAGGACAUGAUCUCCGCCGUGCAGCGGGGCAACGCAAGUGAGGUUCAGAGACUUCUGGAUUCUGGACAGGUCGAUGUGAGUUCACUGGUACUAGAUGAUGGAUACAGGGACUCGAUGCUUCACGUGGCAGCAAGGAGGAACAAGCUGGAGGUCUUGCGUCUGCUGAUCGAGGCUUGGCCUGAAGGACUCCUAGCUCAGAACCCGUGGGACAUGACGCCGAUGGCGUAUGCAGCCAGCAGUCGUCACUAUGAUGCUAUCCAAUUGAUGCUGGAUCGCUUAUCCUCGGAGGGGCUAUUUGUGGUGCUGCGAGCCAUGGUCCACAUGGGCGAUCCCAAUGAAUACAUCUUGGAGCGCUUGCUGGAAGGCUUUCCCGACAAGGCGAAAGCCACUGAUGACCACGGCUGGACACUUGUACAUGAAGCAGCUGACGCCAACAGUAUCAGGUAUCUGGAGCUUCUGCUGGACUACUGGUCUGAAGGGGCAUCUGCAACAGACAGCAGUGGCGCGACUCCUAUUCAUGUGGCUGAGAGAAGCAGCCCGGAAGCGCUGCUUCUUCUGCUGGACAGGCUACCUCCCGAUGCGCCUUCCGAUUCGCUUACCGGCCAUCUCUCUUGCAACUUCGUGAUCGACACGGGCUGUGGAGGCAACCUUUCCCAUGUUGAGGCUUGGAAAGAUGCAGCCGUGCAGCUGCAGUGCGAUCGUGUUUACGAGUUGUCCGUGGCUUCAUUGCAGCGCUGGCUGCAGUGUGGCGGCGACAUCGAUUGGCACGACUCCGCGGGAACGCCACUGAUGAACCGAAUAGAAAAUGCAGAGGCCAGGGACUACUUGCAGCAGCGCAUGACGCGCAUGGCACUUGUCGCGAGAACUCUGCAAGAUUGGAACAGUUUUGUGGUGCCUGGCACCGUGGCACUACUGGCCUCAGCGGUGGUUUUUGUGGAGGAAAAGUUCAUGCAGCGCCUGUCCACCAAGCUCAUGCACGAGGAUGCCACGCGUUGCCCAUUCUUUGAAGGCGCUAAACUGCUGGUCAGCCAAGCCUUCGCAAAAGAUAGCAUUCGCCGCAGGCUGUGGUGCUGGCUAGAAGUCUGCAUUGCCGUGCUUUGGCUGGGAUUCGUGUUGGUUGUCGCAAACUGGGCUUGGUGGUUGCCGGUGGCAGUUAUGUCAUAUCUCAUACCAGCCAUUAUCCUCCAUGGAAUAGGAGCCGUGCUCCGUGCGCCAGCCCUGACAGUUCUGAGCAGAGGCUUCGCCGGACGGAUGUGGGCACUCCUGCGCACUUUGGCUUUCUGUGGUUUGGUCGGGUAUGUUUGGGGUGACUUCGACAACACAUUGAACAAUCACUGGAUGUUCUCGUGGGCUCCGCCACUGCAGGCUGGUUCGAUUUUUCUCAUCUUGUGCGGCUUUUACCUUCUCCUGGUCCUCUUGUACACUCAAUGUCUUAUUGUACAAGUUUGUGGCACCAUAUUCUUGGGUCCUCCCGCAAGCUUCAUUGAUCCAGAGCACACGCAAGCAAAGACGCAGGCUGUGAAGGAUUUGCUGCAAACGCAAACUCCAGAAGAGUUUGGCCAAGUGAACACAAAGAUCAUGCCAACAGUGGCAUUCUCCUGGCCCUGGAAAGGUGGUGGGCUGUAUUUUGGAGUGGCAUUGCUUGUGCUGGAUGUGGUCUUAGACGUCAACACAAUCUUCACUUUUCUCGCAUCAAAACACUAUUUCUUUGCCGCGGUCAUGACGUUCGUGGUGGCGCGGAGCGGCCUGAAACAGCUGCGCGUGCUCCCACCCUGGCACCUCCGGCAGGCGAUCAAGGCCAGCACAGAGCGGGGCAUCAUGAGGCAAGAUCUCUUGGACUACUUGGAGGAGGAGAAGCGCUCCGAAGCCUUCUUCUGUGCCUGCAUCACGGCCUACGCCUUCUUCUUCGCCGUGCAGACUGCAGAUCAGAUGGUGGUUCAAUUCGGCAGCCUGCUCCUGAGCACCUUCCAGUUCGCAGGCCAGGCAGUUUGUUGA